AUGGAAAGAUACCACCAAGAGCCACAGAGUGGGGAAGAGGAGGCGGAAGCAUUCACCACAGACCUGAACUCGUUCUGCUGCAGGUUCGACGACCAGGACUACAGUGAAAUGACAGAGGGACGGGUGAUCAUCUACGGACGGGGGACAGCCUAUCGUCCUCACACAGGAGGAGGGAACAGUGUAAAACAGAGAGUAGGUGGAAACAAGAGGAGUGCUCACCUCUCUCUGCAGCCCUACAUGUCCUAUCGUUUUCGGGUCUAUGCCAUCAAUGAAGUGGGUGUAAGUGACACAAGCAAGCCUACAGAACUCCAUAGCACACCUGCUGAAGCACCAGACAAUAACCCAGAAAAUGUGAGGAGUGAGUCCAGAGACCCAGACAGUCUGGUCAUCAUCUGGCAGGAAAUGGACAGGCGCAGCUUCAAUGGGCCGGAUUUCCAGUACCGAGUGCUGUGGAGGCGAGUUUUGGGCAGCGGGCCUUCCUGGCACACCAGUCUCACCAAUAAACCACCCUUCAUUGUCAAUGACAUAGGGAACUUCUCCGCCUUCGAAAUGAAAGUCCAGGCAGUCAAUCAGAAAGGGGAGGGACCUGAGCCCGACCCCGUCAUUGGCUAUUCUGGAGAGGAUGUUCCCCUGGAGGCUCCUAUAGAUGUGGGAGUGAUGUUACAGAACAGCACGGCAAUAAGGGUAACCUGGGCAGCAGUAGACAAAGAGAAAGUCAGAGGACACCUGCUCGGGUACAAGAUCCAUGUGACCCGGCUUGGCUCCAGGGGCCACCACCGCGGCCGGAGGGCCAGGGAACCAGAGACCACCUUGGUGGUGGUGACAGGGGCCAAUGAGGAGGAGAGGGUGAUCAGCGGCCUCCGACCAUACUCCCGCUACACUCUGACUGUCGUUGUAUUCAACAGCAAAGGAUAUGGCCCUCCAUCUGAGCCUCUGUCCUUCCAGACCGAUGAGGGAGCUCCUGGCCCUCCCAUGUCCUUACUCCUGGACAGUCCAGCAGAGACAGAGAUCACUCUGCACUGGACCCCUCCUGCCCAGCCCAAUGGAAUCCUCAUAGGAUAUCUAUUGCAGUACCAGCAGAUCACAGAGAGCAACGACAGCCCUGUGCAGGUGGAGCAAAUGGAUGACCCCACAACAACCCACCUCACCCUGAAGGGCCUGGACCGCCAUAGCCCCUACCGCUUCUACCUGAGGGGCCGCACUGGGGCCGGAGAUGGAGAGACCAUCAUGAGAGAGGGCGCCACCACCCUGGACGGAGUCCCUCCUGCCAACUUCAGCCUGUCUGUUGGAGAGAAGUCAGUCAACUUCAGUUGGGUGACCAAAGAGAGACACAGAAAUGUGGGCUUUCAAAUCCAAUACCUCAAGAAGAAUGGUGGUGAUAAAUGGAAGCAGUCAGAGAAGGUAAAUUCCACCCAGUCUUUCUACGAGCUCCAGGGCCUGUCUCCUGGCUCCAGUUACCGCUUUCGCGUCACCUUCAGCAACGCCACCCUCUGGGAAGCCAACAUUCAAACUGAAGGGACAGAAGUGAAAGAGGUGGCUGCAGGUUUUGCUACACAGGGUUGGUUCAUUGGGCUCGUGAGUGCCAUCGUGCUGCUGCUGCUGUUAUUGCUCAUCCUCUGCUUUAUCAAGAGGAGUAAAGGGGGGAAGUAUUCAGUAAAAGAUAAAGAGGAGGGUCCAAUGGACUCGGAAGCACGCCCUAUGAAGGAUGAGACCUUUGGAGAGUACAGAUCUCUAGAAAGUGACAAUGAGUUGAAGUGUGGAGACAGCCAGCCAUCCCUGUGCGAUGAGAGUAAACUGUGCAGUGAGGACAACCUAGAUUACAACGGCAGCAGUGCCGUUACCACCGAGCUCAACAUAGAUGAGUCCCUGGCCAGCCAGUACAGCCGGCCCAGCGAAGUUCAAGAGCCACUACAGGGCCUACCGGACAGCUCCCACCUCACCCCCACCCUGCUCUCCCAGACCAACAACGGCCUGCCCAACUCAGUUGCCAUCUUGGAUUAA